AUGGCGUGUUUUUGGCCUAAAUGUCAAUUUGAAACACUAGUAAAGAGUGCCUUAAAAGUGCAUCAAUUAAUACAUUUAGAACUUAUGAAAUUUAAAUGUGAUUUUAAUAAUUGUAAUAAAACUUAUAGCAGAGCAUCCAAUUUAAAUACUCAUAAAAAUAGGGUUCAUUUAAAUGUGAGAUUUAUGUGUAAUUUCAAUGAAUGCCACAAAAGAUUUAAAUCAAAACAUGAAUUAUUUCUACACAAAAGUUGUGUUCAUUUGAAAGAAAAGAAAUUCAAAUGUAAUGAAGAAAAUUGUGGCAAAAGAUUUGGCCAGAAAUCAGAUCUAAUUCGACACAAACGCAUACAUUCAGGAGAAAAACCAUUUGUUUGUGAUUUCAAUGAUUGUAAUAAAAGUUUUAAUUGUAAAGCAAAUUUAAUUCGUCACAAAUCUAUUCAUAAAAAAUAA